AUGCCUUUGCCCAAAUUUCCAGAACCCCAAGAACUUCCCACUCGCGAGGAGGCCGACUCGUUAUUGGAGCUUUACUUCCGCUUUGGGACACCGACAUAUCGCUUUUUGCAUCGGUCAACAAUGGAUGACUGGACGUCUCAUCUACUAAAUGGUGACCCUCAGCUUAUGUCAGAGGCUGCAUGCGUCCUGCUUGUCUUUGCCCAGUCCCUUCUGUACACCAAGGGCGGUGAUAGGUAUGCCAGCGCUGGUGAUAGCGACCUUCACCGCAGUACGUUCUACUCUGAGCGAGCCAAAUCUUUGCUGAGUCAAGAGCCUGGGCCUGCUUCGCUCUCUAGCGUCCAAGCAAGAUUAGCUUUGUGCCUAUACUUACUCAGUACUUUCCGUAUCAACGAAUGUCGAUUCACUUUUAGCAUGGCUUGUGCUAUCGUAACUUCGAUUGGGCUCCAUAGAAAGACCCGAGGUGAGGCUAAAGAUGACCACAUCGUUAUGGAAUCAAGAAAACGAACAUUUUGGUGCGCAUAUGUGCUGGAUGGCUACUUGAGUGUGAUGCUUGGUCGCCCUCGAAUGCUUCGAGACCAAGAUAUCGAUCAACUUUAUCCACGAAAUAUCGAUGACCAGGAUCUUCUGUCGGCGGAGUCUCCCGAAGAGCUCCCUUUGCAUGGCAAUCUUGAAGCAUUUAUCGCUCAUGCAGAAUUAGCAAAACUAAUGGGUCGCAAUAGUGACUUAUUGUACCCCCUAGAACCAUUAACGGACACUCAAGUGCUAGAUAGGACUUCGAACAUGCUUGAUUUCCUAGUUGGUUGGAAAGAGAAAUUGCCCGAAUUUUUGAAGCCUCGUGAGAAGACUCUCGCCGGUAAACGUACCUUCGAGAGGCAGAACACUGUUCUGAAGUUUGCAUACUCUCACAUGAAAAUACUAGUCACUCGAAGAAGCUUACUCUCUGACUUUAGUAGCCUCGGGGGAAGCAUUCCAGCAAUCAAAGAUGAACGAGCCUUGAGACAUAUCCAGCAAUGUGCCGAUGCAAUCAGCACAGUUAUUUCUACGACAUACGACAUGAUUCAAAGAGGCGUAUUAUACCAGGGCUUCUGGUUUACCCCAUACGUUGCGCUAGUUGCGCUGUCGACGUUGUACGUUUUCAUAAUUCAGAAAAGUCGGUCUCCCCUUCCAGGAACGGCUCUUCCGCAGGUGGAGUCGCUGCUUGAGAAAGCGAGACAUUGUCAGGAUUUUCUCACAGCUCUAUCUCCGAAAGGAAGCCAACAACGCCGGCAUCACGAACUUCUUGAUCGCUUGCGGUUGAGAGCGGAGAAGGAUGCUUCGAGAGCGAAACAAGCAGCGAAAAAGCUCUCAACAACCCAGGUUGGGGUUAUGAUGAGCUCACCGCACCGGGUGCCCGCCACAUCUGAAAUUGCCAAAGGGGUGGAAGCCAGCAACGAUACUCUUAACGAAGCGAUGGGCAUAAUUGUACCUCAAACACCUUCGAAUGGAGAGAAUAAUGAGGUUCUUACCGAAGAUGCCGGUGCUAUAACAAGUCAAUUCACACCUUCUGAAGAUGACUUUGUUUUUCAGAAUCUACUCAAGUGGGACUGGGAACAUCUUGAUACUGUUGGGUUUCCGGGCGAAUGGGAUCCUUUCAGCCUUCAAGUAUAG